AUGUCGCUUUUGAAUACAGAGUUUGUUACAUUAGUUUCCUCGGAUAACUUUAAGUUUGUGAUUUCAAAAGACGUGGCAUCGAUUUCAUCAGUGUUAAGGAAUUCACAAGGAUUUGAAGAAGGUAAAACGGGGAAGAUUAAGUUAGACAUGGAUGGUGAUAUAUUGGAAUGUAUUGUGGAAUACUUGUACUAUCAUCACAAAUAUAGGGACUCGGUGACAGAAGGUAAGGAUAUUCCUGAGUUUAAUAUCCCUACCCAUUUGGCUCUAGAACUAUUGGUUAAAGCCGACUAUUUGGAUAUAUGA